AUGACGGACUCGAGAUUCCCCGUCGCAAACCCCACGGCCUCUUUCUGGCUGACCCAGCCACAUGCCCUAGCCUCGUACCGUUCAUCGGAAACGACGCCGGAAGAGUGUGAUAUUGCCAUUAUUGGCACUGGCUUGGCUGGAGUAUCCACGGCCUAUCAUAUACUGUCAAAUCAUAAGGGCUCGGAACCCAAAAUUGUCCUCUUUGAUGCUCGGCAAGCAUGCUCAGGUGCCACAGGACGGAAUGGCGGCCACAUCAAAGUACUCAUGCCCACAAUCAAGAAAUACCACGAAAAGUUUGGCUCCGACGCAGCUCAACAAUUGUUUGACUUUGUCCACUCGCAGAUGGCGGCCAUCAAGUCUGCGCAAGAGACAGAGGGCAUUGAUUGUGACCUGUUUCUGACGCGCUCGUUUGAUUGCUACUAUGAUCCUGUGCAGGCGUCGGAGAUCAAGGCUUUUCUCGAGGAACAGCGCGAGGCCGGGGCCAAAUGGACACAAGAGGUUCAGUGGCUGGAAGGUCCCAUGUUGGAUAAGGCAAGUGGAAUGAAGGGUCUCGUGGCAGCAGUCAGCGUACCCGCACUCACGCUGUGGCCGUAUAAAUUCGUCACGGCACUAUUGGAAAGAGUCGUCGAGAUGGGCGCAUUCCUCUACACCGAGACCCCCGUCGAGGAGAUUUCCAAACCCGGAGACGACGGCCUCGUCACUCUGACGACGCCGCGAGGCGUCACCAAGGCCAAAAAGAUUGUCUACGCCACCAAUGCCUACACGUCGGCCGUGCUGCCGCAGUACCAGUCGAGCAUCAUUCCCUUCCGCGGACAAAACUCCAUCUUGGUGCCCCUGGCCAAGGCGCACCAGUCGCAGAAUCUGACGUAUACGCGCAACCUGUUUCACACGCCCGGAAACGCCGAUUACCUGGUGCCGCGACCCGACGGAAACAUUAUCCUCGGGGGCGGCGGCGGGGCGUACCGCAAGGAUGAGCAGGAUAGGAAUCCGCAGUGGUUUGACAGCGUCGAUGAUGCCACCUUGAUUGAUCCGGGCGUCAAGAAGCACUUUGAUGGAGUCAUGGCGCGAUGCUUUCGGGGUUGGGAGGACUGUGAGGCUACGGCGGCCAUGACUUGGAGUGGAAUCAUGGGCGCCACUCCCGACGGUAUCCCUCACGUUGGCCAGGUACCAGAUACGGACAAUCAAUGGAUCCUGGCGGGCUUCAACGGUGGCGGCAUGGCGCUCAUCUUUACGACUGCUCGCGGAGUCGCCGACAUGGUGUGCAACGGGACUAGUUUUGAAGAUGCAGGCAUUCCUGAAAUGUUCAAGACGACAGCGGAAAGGCUCAAUGUCAAGUUUGAAUAA